UAAGCACAUCAUCACCGACUUUGAAUGGAUGAUCCAUCCUCGAUUGGUUCGCACGUGCUGCCAUGCGAGUCUGGGAAGCGGCUAUGUGCUCAUGCGCGGUCUUCAUGAUCGACGUCAUGUGUGCAACCCAAUCAUCCAGCGCGGGACAACUCGUGUCGGGGUGCAUCUGUGAUGGUCGAAGGAAGUCCGCGAGAACACGAGGGUGAUAGCCGAGGUCGCAAUAGUAAGGCGACAUCCCGUGACUGCCGAGACGACGUGGUUGUAGGCUAUCUCCGCGUAGGUAAGAUGGAGAUCCCACUGCUGGUCGUCACGAACAAUCUUUCGGAGAAUAUCUCCGAGAGUCCUGUUCGUGACCUCGGUCUGAUCAUCAAUCUGGGGAUGGUAAGACGAGGAGAAGCGGAGCUGGUCGUAAACCUCGUGAAGUCAUCGCCAGAAUCGGCUGGUAAAGCGUGGGUCACGGUCAGAUAUGAUGCUUAGAGGUAAGCCGUGGUCACGCAUGAGUCGGUCAAACACAAUGUCGGCGACCUCACGUGCACUGAUGGCAUAGCGGCACGGAACAAAGCGUGCACGCUUCG